GGUCUCUCUGGGAAGGUGGGAUAAAAGUGCCAGCCUUUGUAUGGAGUAAACUGCUACAGAAACCGGGAAGAACCGUUCGUGACCUCAUUACCAUCACAGAUUGGUGUCCGACAUUGCUGGGUUUAGCGGGAGUCCAGGUGGAAGGGGUUGAAGCGAUGGACGGAUUCGAUGUAUGGGACGUGUUGAGCAAAGACCACCGCGGAACGAGAGUGGAAAUUAUCCAUGAAUUAGUGUCCCCACCAUCAUUUAUUCCAAGACGUGGCAAGGGACUGUACAACGACACCUUUGACACGUCAUUGAGAGCCUCUUUACGGCAGGGAGAUUGGAAAAUCAUCACUGGAACUCCAGCUUUUCUCUUGGCCUAUACCGAGGAUGGCGAACCUGUUGGAUUGGAUAUUAUAGGUGUGGACCCCAACAUUCAAAACGUUUCUUUGAAUAAAAACGUAUGGCUCUACAACAUUACUAAAGAUCCGUAUGAAGUCAAUGACGUAGCAGACAAGAACCCAGGCGUAGUGCGCCACCUAUUGGACAGACUUGAAGCAAUCCGCCAGAUGGCACCAUCUACAAUGUUUCCACCACCGGACCCAGCCCUGUAUUCUAAGUUCCACAAUGGUGCUUGGGCUCCAGUUGACGUUCCUGAUAAAAUAACGUAGGGAGCCGAAGUAAGAUAACUCUGUUACACAAAAUAUUUUUUAUUCUUCAACUUAUCACUGUACUAUAAAUAUAAAAAAGUAUCAUUUUUAAUUAUUUUGUGUUCCAUUUGAUUUGUUAUUUAAAAUUACAGUACAUAUUUAUGGACACAUUCCAAUUCCAAAGUUGCCGAACCAUAAUUGUAAAAGAGUGCAUUUUUAUUUGAGAUAUUUUGACGUAAUUAAUCAUCUAAACAAAUUUAAGCCUACGAAACCAUGUGUCUGCAUGUAAGUAAUGCGUAAUCAAUUUUAAAAAUAAUAUAAAAUAUUUCAUUUAUUUCAAUUUAUUAUAACUGAUUCACAUAAAAAUCCUAUUAAUAAACAAGCACACGAGUUCCUUUUGCAGCCAGAAAAUAAGCUUCAUUCGUAACAAAUCAUAUUGAAAAAAAAAUCAUUAAAAUUAUUAAAAGUAAAUUAUUAUUCGAUAUAAUUAAAAAUCAAGAGUAGAGGUCACUUUCACCGGUACAAAGAAGGCAUUUUCACACCCUGUUUGGCCGAACUCAACAAUGAGUUGAAGUAUAGGACAUUUGCUUAGAGCAUAAGAUUGAACAUAAUUGCAACUAAGAAUAAGAAUGAUUAUAACAUAAAAGAUAAGCCUAAAAAUUCAAUAAU